CGUCCAGAAGACAAAAGUUUUCACUAUUCCUAUUCCCAUCCAAAACAAAGUGCAUCAUCCAAAAACCGAAAUAAUUGCUGUUUUUAAGUGUGAAAAUUAAUUGUUUAAAAAAAACCAAUCAAACAACACAAUGGCUUUGGCAAACGUCCUAGUUCUUAGCCAAAUUGCUGGCCAUGUUAUUCUCUUCAUUCUUUCGCUAUGUAUGAUUUUCCCAUUGAGUAUGAAUCUCAAUGAAUUUAACGGUCAUUGUCUACUGUUUGCGUCGGGCAAAUGGAGAGAGGAAGAUGGAUUGUUUAAUGUCGAAUGGGCCUCCCCCGGAUUCUGUAGAUUCCCCCUUGCAACUGGAGUUAUUCUAUUCUUUAUCUCAAGCAUUCAAAUCUAUCGAUUUGCACGUCUUCGUGAAGAAAGCUCAUUCUUGGCCCUUUUCAUUGAUGUCGUAUUGGGCAUUCAAAUGCUUGCCAUGUCAAUUUUAUCGGCUAUCAUGAUUACUCUUGGAUUUAUUGUGUGGUGUUCGGAGAUGACCGAACGUUUCCCGUCGUGCGAAACAGCUGCUGGUCAGAAUAUUACCCCGGGUGGUGAGAAAAUUGAUACAUCGGGAUUCUACAUUGAAAUGGGAACAGCACAGUUUGGUGCAUGGGGAAGCUUCGCAAUAUCAGUUGGAGUCGCUGUUAUUGCCCUUCUCAAACUCAUAAACAACCACCAAAUUCGUAACAUUAAGGUUUCAAUGUACUUGGAACGUCAACGUCUCGUUAAUGAGGAUGCAAUGAAUGUGAAUAAUCAAAGAGAUGGCAGAUCAACUCCACCGAUCGAAGCUGCUCAGUGAAAUGCAAUGCAAUCCAAACAAAACAAAUCAUCUACUUUAAUUUUUGUUUUCAGUUAAAAACUGUUAAAAUCAUAAGUAAUAUAGUAAAUCAACAAAAUAACCGAUACAUUAAGUUCUAGAGUUAUGUACCUUCAUAAAAAUGACUCAUUAUUAUUAUUAUCUAUUGUUUUAUGCGUUUAAUAGCGAAUAACAAUUGACUUCUUUGAAGAUAGUUUUAAUUUUGAAGCAAGCAUUCGAUUUCAUAGACAUAAUUAUGUACACUCACAUUUUGUAAUCUAAUCAAUGGUUUUUUCUUUUCUAUGUGAUAUUUUAAAUUAAAAUUUAAUAUGAAUAAAUUAAUAUUGAAAGUAA